ACCAGCCCGUUCGCGGUAUCGCACGUGAGCGCCCCCGAUCUUUUCGCUCGCUUCGCCGCCCGUUUGUUGCUCUCGCGCUGUGGGAAUGCGAAGGGCGGCUUCGUGCUAAACAUGAGUGCCUAAUGCCUCCGCCUGUCCUUUCUAGUACUGUUGUGAUAGCGAGUGAUGUGAGUGCGUUUCGGUUGAAAAAUUGGAUAUCAUUUCCGCGGAUUCUUAAAUGAAACUGAAGUUGUGCUAGAUAUAAAAACUUCCACUCAACUUCCUGUAGGGCAGUGUUUUCUUUUCUCUUUCAUUACCAUUUGUUGAACUUCGUGGACUAUCGUGAAGGGGGCAAUUUUGAGCGGCAGAAGUAGGCUAGGUAGUGGAGACACUACAGACGCGGGGAGAGAAGAGAGGCACAUCAUUGCGGGCGGUCCCACACGUUUGUGGAUGCUCGGAAUCAUUGGCCUAUUCUGAUGACAGAUACUGUCACAAAAAAAUGGCCCAAGCGCCUCCUGGCUCUUAAAGUUUACCGAGUGUUUUGCAUUUUGAAGGAAGUGGAAUUUGAGAUUCCAAAAGAUCGCUGAAUUGUUGAAUGCAAGGGAAUAUUCAAAAUUACAGAACGUGACUUGUAGAAACUUCUGGACUAUUUCCUUGAGGAGGGUUUUUUUCGCUUCAUUCAGGAUAUUGUCUUUGGCGACUUUUGGUCACGUGAAAUUACUCACGUGAUAAUUACAGACACCGUGGAAGACAGAAUGAUAGAGCUGUAGGACAUGAGACUUCCGCUCCGGCCCCUCCCCCUCCACUCUCCGGUCUUCCUGUGUCUGCUGGCUCUCCUGGGAGUCACGGGCGAGUUCAUGCUCCCGGCGCCCUCCCAGCUGUUGGAGCAGAAGCCACUGUACCUGCCCACCUUCCUGCCCACCCCCGUCAACGUCACAUAUCACGUGGGUCAGGAGGCUGUGCUGCGCUGCGCAGUGGAGAACAAGGGCGCCAGAACGAUUGUCUGGAGGAAAACCCCCCAACUGAACCCGCUGACCAUUGGUGACGACACAUACAUAGGUGACCGACGAAUCAAGGUGGUUCACCAGGUCCACUCGCUAGAGUGGAAUCUACACAUCCAGGACGUGGAAGUGAGAGACGCAGGGGUCUAUGAGUGCCAGGUAGUGGCCAGAGACAGAGACGUUCGGCAGUUUGUGACCCUAAGUGUUGAUGAGACUCCUGUGGGCAAAGGGUAUAAGGCCGAGAUCGCCAUACACGGCACUCUUUUCGUCGAGAGGGGAGAUACUCUCCAGCUCGUCUGCAAUGCCACGGGCAGCGAAUACCCGCCAGAUGAUAUUGAUUGGUUCAAAGACGGGAACAAGAUUAAAAACAGUGACCGAGUGACCCUAAGCAAAGAUGUGUCGUUGUCAGAGGGCACCAUCAUGAGCUUGCUGAAGGUCCGGCGCACCACAAUGAGGGACGGGGGGACCUACGUGUGUCGGACCUCGGACUUGCAGGUCACCAGCGCCAAAGUCAACAUGCUAAACA